AAGUGGUUGGUACUCCCGGACCCAGCAUGGCCGCUCCAAGCAGCCGAUAAAAGCGAAAAGACAUUGUGUUCCUUUGAAAUUGUCAAUUUGUGGACGUAUUCUUUUCUCUAAUUCGUGACUGUCAUAAUAAUUAGAGCAAUGCUCCGACGUCUAGUAAUAGGUGCUUUUCGCCCUAGUGGCUGCUUGCAGGGGGCUGCUCGCUUAAGCACUAUCGCUGAAACAAAUACUGCCGAAGUUGAACAGAUUUCUGCUGAGGGGUUCCAAUCACCUAUGAUAGUAUCUCGUGAUCUGGAAUUCCCAACAAAUGAUGGUCGAUCAAGAAUGGCUUGGGUUGAAAACAUGGAUACCGUACAAGAGAAAAAAUUAGGAAUGGUUGAUUUACAUCCCGAUAUUUUUGCAAUCCCUCCUCGCAUAGAUAUGAUUCAUAGUAAUAUACGAUGGCAGCAAUUGUACAGGAAAGUGAAUCUUGUGCAAGUUAACAACCGAGCUGAGAUGCGAGGUGGGGGUAGAAAGCCAUGGCAGCAAAAAGGCCUUGGAAAAGCUCGUCAAGGUAGUAUUCGAGCACCACAGUGGGUGCAUGGAGGCAAAGUUCAUGGUCCGAGAGCACCCACUACAUGGUUUUACAUGCUUCCAUUACACACUCGUUUGUAUGGGUUGAGAUCAACACUGUCUGUAAAGAUGGCUCAGGAUGACUUACAUAUUGUUAAUGCUCUUGACAUACCAACAAAUGAUCCAUCCUAUCUUGAGGAAUUAGCUGAAGAACGUCUAUGGGGUCCAUCAGUGUUAUUUGUAGAUGACACUGAUGUAGCUCCAGAAAACAUAGCAGUGGCUGCUGAUCAGAUUAAGCACAUGAACAUCAUACCUGUUUAUGGUUUGAACGUGUUCAGUAUGCUUAAGCAUGAUACUCUAGUUCUGACCCUUUCUGCUGUAGAAAGAAUAGAAAAGCAGUUAUUGUUCUUUAUGCACAGAUCAGACAGAGCAAAACUUUCUGAAAUAUUCAAAACAGAUCAGGUUUAAGAACAUUUAGGUAUAGAAACUGCAGUACCAUAUUCUGUUGAAUAAAUAACAUUUAUUUGG